AUGCAAGUUUUUGAGAAUAUACAUUCAUUACGUAAUUGGCGACAUCAAAUGGUUCGGGAAGAAAAGCACAUCGGCUUUGUUCCAACCAUGGGCUGCUUACAUGAAGGACACCUGAGUCUAAUGAAACAAGCAAGCAAACUUUGUCAGGCAGUCGCAGUCUCUAUUUUUGUAAAUCCAGCUCAAUUCGCACCUAAUGAAGAUCUUGAUAAGUACCCUCGUACUUUAUCUGAUGACCUUUCUAAAUUAUCUGCUAUAAAUUGCGUUGAUGUAGUUUUUCUUCCAAAAGUUGAAGAUAUCUAUCCGACAGGAAUUCCUUUAGAUGUAGAAAAACAACUUGGUACUUUUGUAGAAGUAAAAGGAAAGUCUCAUCAGAUGGAAGGCCAAACUCGUCCUACAUUUUUCCGUGGUGUUGCAACAGUAGUUGCAAAAUUAUUUAACAUUGUUCAACCUGACCACGUUUUCUUCGGCCAAAAAGAUAUUCAACAGUGUGUAGUUAUUAAGAAUUUGAUUCGAGAUUUGCAUUUUCCAUUGGAAAUGCAUGUAGGACUCACAGUAAGAGAGGAAGAUGGAUUAGCUAUGAGUUCUAGAAAUAGGUAUCUCACACCUGAAAUGCGAAAAGUUGCUACAACAUUAUAUCAAAGCCUGAACGCGGUAAAGCAUGCGUUUGAACAAAAUAUUCGUGAUCGAAAAAAUCUUCUUGCACCUGCAUACGACCUUGUUGAAAAUAAAUCCAAAUAUAUUAAAGAUCAGGAUUUGGGGUUUUUUAUAAAAUUAGAUUAUUUUUCACUUGUAGAUCCUGAAAGUUUACAAGAACUUGAUGAAGUUGGUGAAAAUGGUGCUAUUUUAUCCGGUGCUCUAUAUGUUGACACAACAAG